AUGGCCGGGGUGGUGGAGGAGCUGGUGAAGAAGGCCGGCGGGUGCGCGGUGAUCGACGGCGGCUUCGCCACGCAGCUGGAGGCGCUCGGCGCCGACAUCAACGACUCGCUCUGGAGCGCUGCCUGCCUCAUCACCAAGCCGCACCUCAUCAAGGAGGUCCAUAUGCAGUAUCUUGAAGCUGGUGCCGACGUCAUCAUCUCCUCGUCCUACCAGGCAACUAUCCCGGGGUUCCUGGCCAGAGGACUGCUCCUGGAGGAGGCAGAAGGAUUACUGCGAACCAGCGUCCAGCUGGCACGGGAGGCCCGAGACGAGUUCUGGAAGUCGACGCUGCGGAGCUCCAAGCCCGUCUACAACCGCGCCCUCGUUGCCGCCUCCAUCGGGAGCUACGGAGCCUACCUAGCGGAUGGAUCAGAGUACAGUGGGUCGUACGGAGACGACGUCACGUCCGAGAAGCUCAAGGACUUCCACCGGCGCCGGCUGCAGGUCCUGGCGAACGCGGGGCCCGACCUGAUCGCGUUCGAGGCCAUUCCCAACAAGAUGGAGGCUAAGGCUCUGGUUGAGCUUCUAGAGGAGGAGAACAUCCAGGUGCCGUCGUGGAUCUGCUUCAGCUCGGUGGACGGCAAGCACCUCUGCUCGGGGGAGAGCUUCGGGGACUGCCUCGAGAUCCUCAACGCCAGCGAGAAGGUCGCCAUCGUGGGGGUGAACUGCACGCCGCCUCAGUUCGUGGAGGGCAUCAUACGCGACUUCAAGAAGCAAACGAAGAAGGCGAUCGCGGUGUACCCCAACAGCGGCGAGGUCUGGGACGGGAGAGCCAAGAGGUGGCUGGUGAGUAGACGACUGACGCUACCGGCUGAUGCCUUUUGUGAUGUGAAAUUGACACAGCCGGUGGAGUGCUUCGGCCGCAAGAGCUUUGACGUGAUGGCGAGGCGGUGGCAGGAGGCCGGCGCCAGCCUCGUGGGAGGAUGCUGCCGGACGACGCCGUCGACCAUCCGGGCGGUCUCCAAUGCGCUCAAGAGCAGGAACGGGCAGUGA